UCACUUCAUAAUGAAGGUGAGUGAGGUGGAGCAGGACAAAGGGCAGCGAAGGAGAACGUCUCAGUUCACGCAGGCUCCCAAGAACAACUGGCAAACAGGGCCCAGCAAAGGCGACCCUGCUCAGCGGAGACCACACCGAACGCGUUAUCUCGGGUGAAAAGUGUGAAACCGUACGAUGUCCGUUGUGGGUGCGCAGCCUUUCAUCAAACCAAUGCAGCCAUCGCCAUCUGUUUCGCCUGGUAUCCAGAGGAGACACACGCUUCCCGCAAGCGAAGUCCGUCCGCUCAACACGCAAGAUGCCAUCAGCGUCUUUGAGAUCGAGCGUGAAGCAUUCAUCUCAGUGUCGGGUGAGUGUCCCCUGCACCUGGACGAGGUGCGCCACUUCCUCACGCUGUGUCCAGAGCUGUCCAUGGGCUGGUUUGAGGAGGGCCGGCUGGUGGCUUUCAUCAUUGGUUCUCUCUGGGACCAGGACAGGCUCACUACAGAAGCACUGACUCUGCAUAAGCCCCGUGGCUCCACGGUCCACAUCCACAUCCUGGCAGUCCACCGCACCUUCAGGCAGCAGGGCAAAGGUCCCAUCCUGAUGUGGCGCUACCUGCAGUACCUGCGCUGCCUGCCCAACGUGCGCCGAGCGGUGCUCAUGUGUGAAGACUUCCUCGUUCCCUUCUACCGCAAGUCGGGUUUCAAGGUUCUGGGGCGUUGCGCCAUCACCGUGGCCAACCUCACCUUCACAGAGAUGUGGUACCCCAUCAGCGGCCACGCCUACAUGAGGCGCAACAGCGAAGCCAUCCGCUUCCCUCAGCAGCCUCUCACUCUGCCAGUGACAAAGACUAACGAACAUGUUGACGUAUGACUUCUUUUCCCUAAGCUGUUGAAGCCCAUUGUCUUUACAGCACGUGUCCCAGUUGUAGAUUUACUCUAGUCUGGUGGUGUUUUGCUGUGUGAUAUAAAAGUCCUGGUUAGUGCUGUGGUUAACUCACCUCUAGGAGCAUGAGGGCAGUAGAGAUGUCACUUCUGUAGGUGGAGUUGAUGUUGUGCUGUGUAUUAACCUCCUGCUUAGCUUCCCACAUUAUGGACAGAUGUCGGCGAGUGCUUUCAGCGGCUCCGUCUGCUGGGAGACGAGUAAACGGUCAGAUUCAGAGAUGAAUCAAGGAUCAGAACCAGUGGCAGUAAACUCACCUGGAAACAGAGCAGCUGUUUGUGUCUGUGCAGUAAAAUGAUUUCAAUAAAAAAGUUUUGAUACUG